AUGUCGUUCGAACUCCCCUCCAAACCCCACGAGCCCUUGAUGCGCGGGGAAGAGGACUACCACGAUGGGCCCGCACCGCCCCGACACCGCAACGCAAACCUGCGAUCAACCUUCAUCCGGUGCGGCUGGAUGCUUCUUGGAUUUCUGGUUGCUGCGAUAGUUUUCGGCCUCGGGGUUUCCAUUGGAAAGGGCAUUCCAGCCAGAAAGCGCGAGGGACUCUUGAUCCCCGAAGGCGACAUCCAGAUCCGCAUGGAAUACAACAGCACCUUCUCGCAGCACCCUUCGCCCGAGACCGACGCGGCAUGGGCCUCCCUCUUUCCCAAGGGAGUCGGUUUCGUCAAACACCCAACCCUGGCACCCGAGCUGUCCGGGUUGGUCGUCUUCCACGCGCUGCACUGUCUCAACGCCCUGCGCGAGGUCUACUACGCCGCCGUGGACGGGCAGCUCCCCCAUGCGGAGGACGAACACGACCGCAUGAAGGACCCGCACCACGUCCGGCACUGCUUCGACUACCUGCGCCAGAGUCUGAUGUGCGCGGCCGACACGAACCUCGAGCCCGUUGACAAGGAGCUCCAAGGCGUGACGGGAUGGGGAUAUAGCCGAACGUGCCGGGACUACGAGAGCGUGAAGGCAUGGGCGGAGGCGAACUGGUCGAACGAUCCUUCCUAG